UGCCCUGCCCUGCUCUGCUCUGCUCUCGAGUAGAGUAGUUGGCCCGCCGUGUUAAUUUCUACCCUCUCUCUCGCCCAGCAUUAUUUAUGACUGACUGCGCACUCUUGUGCGUUUGUUGGUGAGCAAUGAAUGACCUGAGUAUUUGUUUGGGAAGAGCCAAGGCAACAAACAAAUACUCCAGCCAUGCCAACCCAAGCCAUGGAGGGAGGGAGGGAGGCUACCUCGUGGUCUUGGGCACACAUCUACUCCUACUGGGUGGCAGUGGCAUAAGCACAAGCACAUGGCGGGCGGGCAGGUGGAUGAGGGCUGACCUGACACGACCCGGCGGCUUGCUUCCAGUUCCUGUUCCAGCGGGGCGGAGGCGAGGCCGGCCUGGAAGACGACGCACGCGUCUUCGUCCUUGCCCACCGUCCGUCCCCUCGCCGGCGCCGCCAUCGUCUGCCGUUGAACUCGCCGGGAACAGAGCAGAGAAGGAAGGAAGGCUUGGUCGAUGAUGAAUUGUUGCACGGCCACCAGAGGAAGUAAGAUGCAAUGCAGGAGGUCUUGGCAUUGCACUUCUGCGGCCACAACACGACAUGGCCCUAGCCGCUGGAUGUCCCGGACACCAAGGACUAGUUGCAUCUUCUCUCUUAAGGUGCAACACUGGGGCAUGAUGUUUCUAUGCAUUGUAACGCCGGUCCCAUGGAGUUUCAUGCAUGUUACUUCAAGCUACGCCGAUGGUACAAGUUAACCACAACAUGUCAAAGCUGAUGUAACCACAUGAUAGAGCUUCUUCUGUCUGUCCAUGGCGGUCGCGCGUCACGGCACCCGCACUCGCCAGCUCUAAAACCAGCAUCAACAGUGACCUUGAGCUUGAGCCAGCCUGGCUGCUCAAAUGCAGGUUUCUUUCCUUUCAUAUCAAGGUUCCAUGUUGAGGACAUUUGAGAUUUUGGCUUAGCAGCAAUGGAGGAAUUGGAAGGCAGUCACGCCCAGUGUACUGCAACUCGUAUUCAUCAUGAGGUAAAUUCCAAACUCGUAUAGUAAGCUAUAAAUUUCUCUGGGCUUUUGCAGUGGGAAGAAAUGUUGCUCCUCUCCUUCUGUCUCUGGUGAUGAUGGCAUCUUGGAACUUCACUGCCUUAACUUGGUGAUGAUGGACGCCGUGUGCUCCAGUAAGCAGGCGCACAAGGAAUAGGAUUUCUGGUCAAGGCUCAGCAUUCUUUCUUCUGCUUAGAAGAACACAAGCUGGCCAUUUAUUUCACCAACACGCAGCAGCAAAUGAGUGACAAGACUCAACUAGUUGAGAAAACUAAAUCACGUGCAGAUUACACCAAGUGGCCAAUUAAGGAUACACCUUUAGGCCAGUCAGGACACGGCAGUUGGGGUUUAUCCUAAAUACAUGAAGAUGAGCUCCAGUCUUUAGCCGCUCGAACCGGGACUAAAGGUCUCAUUUGAACCGAGGCUAAUGCCUUUAGCCGCUCGAGCCGGGACUAAUGCUCACAUUAGUCCCGGUUCGUAAAGCAACCGGGACUAACGUGUAUAUUAAGCUAUGACCAAAGCCCUGUUUUCUACUAGUGAAUAUUGCCUCCCCUCCAAAUUAGUUGUCUUAGAUUUGUCUAGAAGCGGACAACUAAUUCGGGACGGGGGGAGUACUAAACUGGAGAUACUAAUUCAGUGCGCGGUGUUUCAAAAUUUGAUCAAAUAGACAUGCUUUGUUUGACAAAAGAGAAAAGAAAACCAUGCUCCUUUAGAAAGUUGGAGAUGGGUGUCUACUGGGGUUUGGGAGGUCAGCCUAUCUGUGAGGACCUGCUGCCGCGCGCUCCAGAGUGAGUGUGCAAUAAACUUGGGAGGAAGAAAACGAACAAACAAAGUUGAUUACUCUCACCGAUUGGAAUUGGAAUCGGAACAGAAAGACGCAUUGGUUGAUUGUGAUCGUUGGAGUGGGCUAGAAGCCUAGAGGCAAAGGUAGAGGUGUCGGCAUCUCACCAGAGCUCGGUCCCAACGCAACGUACGUAUUCACAGGACUGAGACACUUAAUUUGGAAGCCUAGAAGCAAAGCUAGAGGUGUCGGCAUCGCUGGACAGGACUGAGCAGGCAGGAUAUAUAUAUAUAUAGGUUGGCAUCCGUAGCAAGCUAGGAGGAGGACUUUGAAGCCUCCGCUUGGAUUGUUACUGGCUAGCUGCUCUCUGCUGCCGGCGGGAGUCCAAACCGACUGGAUUCACAAUCUAGUCCUGUUCUGAGCCACUGAACUGAAGCAAAGCGAGCGUGACAUGAUGGUUAAUUGGCUCGUCCGUCACUGUCUAUAGUACCCAGCCCUAGCCUCAACUGACCGUACUGAAGAAAGAGAAGAGACACUGAGGAAGAAAAGAACAGCCUCACACGAGGAACGGUUCAGAUCUUGGAUCGCGACUUAAGUGAAGAUGGACGGCUCCGAUCACCUCGCCGUUACAUUACCGCCAAUUCACCCCUGAUCACGGAUCCUUUAAACACACAACAACCGACACGUAACCCACUGUCGAUUCGAUUGGAUGAGUUCCUGCCUUGCAAGUGACUGUUUGCUAUCGUAUCCACUCCUUUGUUUUCUUUCAACAUCGAUCUGGUUUACUUUGCGCUACUUUCGACAUCUUUGUGCGCAAAAAAAAAAAGGUGAGCCACGCUUCUCCGACGAGGCCGAGGCGCGGGCGCCAAAGAUAAACUAGUGCAUCUCCUCCGAUCCUCGUGGAGACCUGCCAAUCGAUGGAGGGUGCCGCAGCGGGAGAGCCGGCACCGGCGGGCGUGCAUGCCGUGCCCUCCCGCAGGCUGAUCGCCGGCUUCAUCUCGGGCGCGCUCACUGGCAUCUUCGCUCUAGCUGGAGCGCUAACCGGAGCUGUCACCGGCGCGCUGGCGGGCAGAGCCUCCAAUAGCGGCGUUCUCCGGGGAGCUAGAUCUGGAGCAGUCGCCGGGGCCGUCCUCUCCAUCGUGGUUCUCCAGGCAUCUCGCGCGUACCGGUGCUCGGACCGGCUCGGCCUCGGCGCAUCAUCCAUGUCCAUGACAGAUUUCAUAGAGCAGCUCCUUCAUGCCCGGUUUGAGCAACAGCGGCUUGGAUUUUCAGCACAUACAUCACACCAGUCGCAGGUCAGCAUAUCCGACUUUGGUCACGAUGAUGUGUAUGAAAUCUUCGGAGACAUUUCGUUGAGAGGGCUUUCGGGCGAGUCCCUGAGGAAAUUGCCACACUAUGUGGUAACUGAUCAGGUCCAUAGCACAUUUCAGGAAAACCUGCCUUGCACUAUUUGUCUACAGGAUAUGGUAGCUGGCGAGACAGCAAGGAGGUUGCCGAAUUGCUCCCAUGCUUUUCACCAGCCCUGCGUGGACAAAUGGCUCUUUACCCACGGUUCAUGCCCUGUGUGUCGGCAACAUGUGCAGCGUAUAUAGGAAUACAUGCAUUUUUUACAAUCGAGUUCUCUGUCCUAGAAGGAAUUAAUUAUGUAAAAUAUCUGCUCUCAUACAACGUAGAAAGGGAGAGGAGAGAGAGCAAGUGGAUCUGUACACACCGCGUACUCCAAGCAAGUGGAUCUGUACACACCGCGUACUCCAAGCAAGUGGAUCUGUACAUCUGACAUUUUAUCUUACAUUCUGCGGAAAAUGUUGUGUGGAAACGUCUGCCAUAGAAUGUAUACAAGACAUUCAAUUUUACAAUGUGCUUCUGUGAUGAGGCAGAAACAGU